AUGAAGGCCGCACCAUCAGGGCAAGCCAAGCCAAACGGCCUAGCCGCCCUGGAUGCGGCCCCGCAAGGUGUAAUCAACGUUGUCUGUGGUAUCAUUGAACCAGCCAGGGUCUGCGAGCUGAGAGAGAUGAUUAAAAAAGUCGAGCACACGAGGGAAGUGCUCUCCGUUCGGCCCGCUGUAAAGAAAGGGAAGACCGAGGAGAAGGACAUUCUUACCUUUUCAAGCAAGGACUUGGAGCGGAUCCAGAUGCCCCACAAUGACGCCCUAGUGGUAACUCUUCGCGUCAAAGACUUUGACAUCAAGAGGAUCUUGAUCGACCAGGGAAGUUCGGUCAAAAUUAUGUACUAUGACGCGUUCAAACAAAUGAAGUUGGAGGACAAGGACUUGGCCCCUGCGACGUCCCCUUUGGUUGGCUUCAACUCUCAGCCUGAGUGGCCGGUAGGGAAGAUCAUAUUGCCCGUCAAAGCGGGUUCAGUAACAAAGCAAGUAGAGUUCUGGGUGCUCAAAGUCCCGUCCACCUACAACUUAAUUUUAGGCAGGGGCUGGUUGCACGCCAUGCAAGCAGUAGCGUCGACUUACCAUCAGGUCUUGCGUUUCCCGGCGCCAAACGGACAAAUAGAGGAAGUUUGGGGAGACCAGGUGAUGGCGAAACAAUGUUUCGUUGAGGUAAAUAGCAGCCAAGUAGCUAAAGGAUUUGUCCAAAUUAUUAAGGGACCUGAGGGAAAGGAGGUCCUUGACGACGUAUGA